CAAACUCGCUUGAUGUAGACAAUCCAACACCCCUCCCCCACGGGUGCCUUGCAUCAAGGAUUCAAGAGCUCGAAACAUGCUCUGAAACACUGCACUCGAUAUUAUACGAAUUACAUUAACAUCUACGAGGAACAAAUACCCCUUAAAUCAAAUCUCAUCUUUGUCAAGACCCAUCUGGGAUCUCCCAUUUUCAAUUGUAAGUAAACUCUUGGCCCCUCUUGUCUUUCCACUUUAAUUCCCUCACUUUCUUGGUCUCUUCCACAUUCACACUUGGUUUUCUUGCUCUAAUUUCAAGAUCUGAUUGGUCACUCAAACGGGAAAACUGAAGGUUUGAAUAUCUGGGUUUUUCUUGAAUCUUAAUUCCCUCACAGACCCAGUUUUGUGCACUGAUUUCGAGAUCUGAUUGGUAGCUGAAACGAAAACUAAGGAUUCGGGUAUUUGAGUGUGUGGGUUUUGUUAAAAAGAUCACAGCUUUCAGGACUAACCCAUGAAAGGGUCGGAUCUGAUUGGCAGCUGAAACGAAAACUAAGGGUUCUGGUACUUGAGUGUGUGGGUUUUGUUAAAAAGAUCACAGCUUUCAGGACUAACCCAUGAAAGAGUCGAAUCCAACCACUGAGCCCAUAGGGCAGAACCUAAUAAAAUUGAUAGGCAAUGUGUGUUUCUCAGUGUUUGUAUUCUCAGUGCUCAUAUUUACAGUAAUUGCCAUCACCUACCAACCUCCAGACCCAUGGCUUGAGUCAGCUCCUGCCCUGACCAAGCUAUUCACCCAAUCUGAAAACGCCACCUUCCAAAAUGACAAUUCUAUCCUCAAAACUGGGGAAGAUUUUCCCUUGGUGCGUGCCCUGGCGCCUGAAGGCAUGCCGAUUACUGAGGCGGUGAUUAAGGAAACUGAAGAGAAGAUCGCCACAACGACCCCUGAAUCACGAUCCGGUUGUGACGAAUUACGGGAGGUUGUGAAUUGUUCAGACCCAAGAGUUCUGAUUGCAGUUGAGAAGUUCAAUCUGAGGGUUUUUAAGUCCAUUGUGUUUUUGGAGUAUCAAACAACGGUUAAUGGGUCGAAACCGGAUGAGUGCGACGUGGCGUGGAGGUUUAGAAAUAAGAAAGAGAAGUCUUGGAGGAAGUAUAGGGAUUUUAGGAGGUUCAAAUUUGGAAUCGGAGAGAAUUGUACGUAUAAAGUGGUGCAGGCGGGUGCAUGGCAUUCCGGUGUCAAUGCCCGGCGGCCUAGGAGUAGAAUCAGUAAUGGCACGAGGAGGGGUGGUGGGAAUAAUGCUAAGAUUGUACCCCCACCAGUGCGGGAUGAGGAGAUCAAUGACACAAUCCCAAGUUUAGGGUUGAUGAAUUUCAACAAGGGGAGGUACUUGUACUAUUCACGUGGAGGGGAUUAUUGUAAGGGAAUGAAUCACCACCUUUGGAGUUUCUUGUGUGGUUUAGGGGAGGCUAUGUACUUGAAUAGAACAUUUGUGAUGGAUUUGAGUAUAUGCCUGGCGGCAACUUAUAAUCCGAGUAAUAAAGAUGAGGAGGGAAAGGAUUUCCGGUAUUAUUUUGAUUUUGAGCAUCUUAAGGAGGUUGCAUCGAUUGUGGAGGAGGGUGAGUUUUUGGGAGGCUGGAAGAAAUGGGAUCGAAGCCAUAAAAGGAAAGUUCCUACUAGGAAGGUUGUGAGCUACAAGGUGACGCCAAUGCAACUUAAGAAAGAUAAGAGCACAAUUGUAUUGAGGCAGUUCGAUGCACCAGAGCCGGAGAAUUAUUGGUAUAGGGUAUGUGAAGGGCAAGCUGCCAAGUACAUUCAGAGGCCAUGGCAUGCUCUUUGGAAAUCAAAGAGAUUGAUGAAUAUUGUUUCAGAGAUCAGUGGGCGAAUGGACUGGGAUUUUGAUGCGGUACACGUGGUUCGAGGGGAGAAGGCACAGAAUAAAGAGCUAUGGCCUCAUCUGGACUCUGAUACAUCCCCUGACAGGCUCCUUGCAAAGCUUAAAGGUUUGGUUCAGCCAUGGAGGAAUCUGUAUAUAGCCACCAAUGAACCCUUUUACAAUUACUUCGACAAACUGAGAUCUCAGUACAAGGUGCAUUUGCUUGAUGAUUUUAAUGAAUUGUGGGGAAAUACAAGUGAGUGGUACAAUGAGACAAUGCUUCUAAAUAAUGGACGACCAGUUGAGUUUGAUGGUUACAUGAGAGUUGCUGUGGAUACUGAGGUUCUUUAUAGGGGAAAGACACGUGUGGAAACAUUCUAUAAUUUGACCACAGAUUGCAAGGAUGGAAUCAAUACGUGCUGAAGAGGAACUGGAUACGUUGUUAGUUAGAAACAUGGGAAUCUACGAAUUAACAUUGAACCCUGCAAUAUAAAGUACAUCACAGCCUUCAAGCCAUGCUGAAUGCAUACUAUCUUUUUAUUCCAUUUCGAGUAAAAAUAAGUUCAGUUUGUGCUGUCAAUCUAUCUAGCCCAAAUCCCAAUGGGUUUCUGCAACAAUGAGCACCCUUGAUCUUU